UACACUGACAGCCAAUAAAGUGACAUUUUUUAUCCAACAAGACAAAAAUACAAAACAUUUAUUUUAUUUUAGAUCAAAUUUCAGUUUUUAUCUAUUAUAACUGCAACUAAUCUAAUUUUAAUUUGUUAUACAAAGUUAAUAUUUAAUGGAAGGGAUUUUAUGGAAAUGGACGAAUUAUUGGAAUGGUUGGCAAACCAGAUGGUUUAUACUCGAAAACGGUAUUUUGUCAUAUUAUAAAUCUCAAGAAGAAGUAAAUCAAGGAUGUAAAGGUUCAGUAAAAGUAUCUGUGUGUCAAAUAAAUGUAAAUAAUAUUGAUAACAGUCGUCUUGAUCUUGUGAUACCUGGACAACAGCACAUGUAUCUGAGAGCACCUUCACCCCAAGACAGACAGAAAUGGCUUGUUGCAUUAGGAAGUGCCAAAGCUUGUGUGGACUUUAAAGAAUCAAAAGCUAUUACAACAACUUCUUUGGAAGAUACUACAUCAUUAGGCCAUAAGAAGUCAGAGCUGCGACUGUACUGUGAUCUUCUGAUGCAGCAAGUACAUGAUGUAAAAAAUGCAGCCACUGCUCAAGAUGGGCCCGAGUUACAGAAAAUUGAAGAUGCUUCUAGUCUUUUAACAGCAACAUGUGAUACCUUUAUCAGAACUCUGGAAGAUAUAAUGCGACUGUCAAGCACAACUGGAAUAAAUUCUGUACCAUUUGAAAUGCCAUUACCUAAUAUACCCAAGAAUUGUACUACUAAAAUGCAAGGCGUCAAAACAGCAAGACAAAGUUUAAGUAGAUCUUUAUCACAGGAAAAUAGAUGAAAUAACAUUUAUUAGUUUGGUGUUUGUGCUAAAUCUAAAUUAGUUAUCUUUUGUUCACAUUGUAACCUGUAUAUACACAUAGUGUAAAAAAUAAUAUAUUUCUAGACUUCUAAAUUUCUAGUUGUGUAAAGUUAUUCAGUAGAUGAAUGGCAAUUCUAUUAUUAUAAGAAUGUGAUUGUUUAUAUCUGUGGUAUUUGUUCCUAAUUGUGUCAGGUAUUGAAGGCAGCAUUAAUGUAUUUAACUUUUAUUAUUAUAUAAAAUACAAUAUGUAAUAUUAAAUUUAAUAUUUCUUCAUCAUAUCUAUUUUGAAGAUCUGAUCAAUUCACAUAUUAAACAACAUUGAAAAUGUAUCAUUCCUUCUGAAGUAUUAUCAAUUUAAUUAUAUUAAAAUAUAUUGUAUUAUUUUAAUAAAAAUAAAUAAAAAUUUCAAUAAGU